UUGGGGGACUAAAGCAGCGCGCUGCUGUGAUUGGAGGAUUGAAUCAGGGCUCAUCGCGUUACGCUCACGAGUGGAAUGUUCCCUCACACAGAGGCACUACUACAGAGGAAAGAACGAAAGAAACCGGAGAAAAACGUCCACUAAAGCAGGAGAAAAUCUCACCACAGAAAGUCUCUAUAAUUCACGUUUUGAAGUAGACCUUCGUCACGAGUCAUAAGUCCUAAUUUGGAAGGAUUUUGAGUUGUUUUAGCGCCUUCAUCAAAUAGGUACUACAAAGGUUUUUCACAAGAGUUUGUGGCUUUACCUUGAGAUACAUCUACAGACAGUAGCCUCUUAGUACUGACACCCAUGAUUCCCCGGAUCAUCAUGUACUGCCACACUUGCUACCCUGUGAGGGUCUUAAACAGGAGGAGGCUGUAAAGAGGCCUUGAAUCCUUCAUCACUCUCACAUACUCUUCAUCAGUCUACUCGUGUUCAUCGCUAAUUGGUCACUUCGUUGUCUUAAAAGUGGAAGAGUACGGCACGACCAAGACAGCCAUACAGUUUUGCAUCUAAGCCAACAUCAUGAAAAGCACCUCCAUGGUCAUCGUAUUUACCGUUUUGGGAGCUGCCGUCCUCCUCUCGCUGCCGGCUGAGGGUGGGCAGAACCCAGACUACAUGCUUCACGGCACUGGGGUCAAGCCCGGAUCGGAUCCAAAGAGACAACAGGCAGGGGACGGGUCCACCGUGGCCCCCGAGGAUGCUGCCCGCUUCCUUAGCUGUUAUUGCUCAGGCCACUGCCCCGAAGAUGCCAAAAACAACACCUGCGAGACAAACGGCCAGUGUUUUGCUAUCAUAGAGGAGGAUGAACACGGCGAGGGUAUCCUCACCUCCGGCUGCAUGAAGUACGAGGGCUCCCACUUCCAGUGCAAGGACUCUCCUAAUGCUCAGACCAGACGGACCAUCGAGUGCUGUUCCACAGAUUUCUGUAAUAAAUACCUUCAGCCCACACUUCCACCUCCUAUUCCAGGAAAGCCUCCGUUAUGGAACGCCCACUUGCUGGCCUUUCUGAUCUCCGUAACAGUGUGUUGCUUCACUUUGGUGGCCAUAACUGUGGUGUGUUACUAUAGGUAUAAGCUACAGACGGGACGGAGGCGGUACCAAAGAGAUCUGGAGAAGGAUGAGGCCUUCAUCCCUGCAGGAGAGUCUCUCAAAGAUCUCAUUAGUCAGUCCAGCACUGGCUCUGGUUCAGGGCUCCCCCUGCUGGUCCAGCGCACCAUCGCUAAACAAAUUCAGAUGGUGCGUCAAAUUGGAAAGGGGAGGUAUGGAGAAGUGUGGCUCGGUCGCUGGAGAGGAGAAAAGGUGGCGGUGAAAGUGUUCUUUACCCGCGAAGAAGCCAGUUGGUUCAGAGAGACUGAGAUUUACCAAACGGUGCUCAUGAGACACGAGAAUAUACUCGGCUUUAUAGCUGCAGAUAUUAAGGGCACAGGGGCAUUCACUCAGCUUUUCCUCAUCACGGACUACCAUGAGAACGGUUCUCUCUAUGACUAUCUGAAAUACACCACCCUGGACACACAGGCUCUGCUGAGGCUUGCCUACUCUGCAGCCUGCGGCCUGUGCCACCUCCACACAGAGAUCUACGGCACACAGGGCAAACCUGCCAUCGCUCACAGAGACCUGAAGAGCAAAAACAUCCUCAUAAAGAAGAAUGGUACCUGCUGCAUUGCUGAUCUGGGCCUAGCUGUGAAAUACAACAGUGAUACCAAUGAGGUGGAUGUCCCUCUGAGCACAAGGAUGGGAACACGGCGGUACAUGGCACCAGAGGUCCUGGAUGAAACCCUAAAUAAGAACCAAUUCCAAGCAUACAUAAUGGCUGAUAUUUACAGCUACGGUCUCAUUGUUUGGGAGAUGGCCCGCAGAUGCGUGACAGGAGGUAUUGUUGAGGAGUAUCAGUUGCCAUACUGGGACAUGGUACCUUCAGAACCGUCCUAUGAAGACAUGAGGGAAGUGGUAUGUGUUAAAAGCAUGCGGCCAGUGGUGUCUAAUCGCUGGAACAGUGACGAGUGCUUACGGGCCAUGCUAAAGCUCAUGUCCGAGUGCUGGGCCCAAAACCCAGCCUCUCGUCUCACAGCUCUUCGAGUCAAGAAAACACUCGCCAAAAUGGUUGAAUCACAGGAUAUCAAAAUAUGAUCAGUUUUCCCUCCAUAUGCCAGUCCGAGAUAAGGCAUGGAGAUAUUUAUGCUCACUUUAUGAACUAUUGCCUCAGUUCCUAGACAGACCUGUGGGAGCGCUGCUGAGCAGAACAUUUGCCUCCCUGUCUGGCUGCAAUUCCUCGCCCUGUUGCAGUUACGCUCUUAGUGUCAUGUAGCACCCUCUGCUGGACAGUAUGUGCCAUAACGCAUCCACGAGGAAGUAAGGACAGUAAGGACAGUUGUUCGACAGGCAUCCGUACUCACAUCAUCCCCAUCGCCUCCAUUUUUUCCUUCUUCAAGCACUCUUUUAUAUUGGGAGAGAAUUGAAGAGCAUAUGGUGCUUUCUGUGAAAGCUGUCUAAUACAAUACAUCUGUAUGGAGGAGUGGUAUGGUGCCACCAUUUGACAUGGGAGUACAGUAAUGGAGCCAUUUGGGAGAAGGCUUGAGGCUCUGUUAUUGCCUGACUUGAGAGGUGGACAUAUUUGGGGUGAUAUUUGAACCGAACCAGCCAUAUGCUUGGGAUGUGCUCCAGUAUGGCUAGUGUCACAACAUGGCCACUCUGCAUUUGGACCAUGUGCAGUUUUGGCCACUGAAAUGUCAGAGAACGCAUCCUAUUUAAUUCAAAUGACCCAUAUUAUCAUAUAUAUAUAUAUAUAUAUAUAUAUAUAUAUAUAUAUAAAACAUGUCCCGUUAACUACAUAUUGAUAUUUUAAUUAAUAGCCUUUUUGAAGAAUUUUUCCUUCAACUGCCUUCCUUUCUGAGAAUCUGUCCAUUAGAUGUUCAAAUACAAAACUGGGAGUUAGCGAUAAGGUUUUCAAGUAGAAACCUUCCCAUAUUGCAAAGACCUGGAAUAGAUAUGUUGUUAGAAAUAGAAAGUUCAGGUAUAUUGAGUAAUGUGAUCAUAACUCCAGCUCUGGCCUGAAGAAUUCAAGCACCACCAGUCAAAUAUUGCCAACACUACAGCCAUAAAAGAUUUAUUCAUCUAGAAGAUAUGGUGACUUUUAAUCUCCCAGAAUGGCAGAUCUGAUCUGCCUUAUCGCAGGCGUCUCGGUGCAAAUGGAUGCCUACUGCUCCCGAAUGCCUCAUAACCGUUGUUUUGUUUUAUCCUCUAGCCUUCAAGUCAACCUCAGUGUAUCACAUCUGAUUUUUUCAGUGUCAGAUUGGAUUGCUGUUUUCAAUGCCUCAUUUUGCCUUGAAUCUAAUGUCGUGACGCUUGGGAAUCAUAUGACUCAUAAAUGUCUAAUGUGAUAGAAUAAUGCAAAUGCAUGUGCUAUUUAUUCAUGUCAUGUCAUAUAGUAUGAAUUAUUGUGGUAAGAUACUUUUACUUGCAGGAUUAUUAACACUGACAUUCUCAAUGUCUUUACUGAGCAGCUCAACCUUACAAAUACUAGAAACAGUAAAUUUAUGACUUUAAAAUGAAAUUCUACAUUUAAUGACUUCCUGUGAAAGUGUGGGUGUGAAUUAUCAUUAUUUGUCAUUGUUCUAAUGUGUAAAACUAGACCCUUUAUCAAUAUUUUACUCAAGUCAGGACAGGCGACUUCAGUUCACCUUUCAUAUUUAUAUAUAUAUAUAUAUAUAUAUAUAUAUAUAUAUAUAAAAUAUGAAAAGAAAUUUUUUCAUAACUUAUGAGAUUGUGAAUACAUUUUUUGCAAAAGAGCUUAGUCAAAAAAUGGAAUCACUCUACAAUGCAUUAUUAGCACUUGUGGGAAAUGCAGGUUUAACUUUAAAACCAGGGUCCGUUGCCUCGAAAAACAAGUUGGCCAUUUCUUGAAGUUGUCUGGGAAAUAUAAUAAAUGAAGAUCUUAUUCCGCUUCUGCGUUUAUACAAAGGUACAAGGAAGAAGAGAGACUGGUAAAAACCUUUGCUUUGAAGAUUCAGAUCUCCCAUUGCUUAUGUGUGUCUUUUCUCAUUGUCUGGGUUGCACUUGUGUUCUCAAGCCUAUUCUGUCCAUUACAAUCAUAACAGUUACCCUGUAAAAUAACAUUUGAACUGAUUUAAGCUCAUCUGUCUAGAUAAAUGACUACACAAUAUUUUGGUCCUAAUCGUUUAACGUGUAAGGAAAUAUGUAAAAUGGCCUGAAUAAUAUGAACUUUUUUUAAUUGUAUUGUGCACAGCAUCUGGUUUUAAGAGAGAUGCCUUAUGUUUACCAAGAAAAGCUGUUCUGUACACAGAAUUAGUCCAAUGUAUCAAUUUUUAAGUAAAUUACCUUAUUUUAGUACACA